GUGUCACCGUAGUCGUCGAUGCUGGGCCUGCUCUCCUGAACCCCCCCAGGGCCUGUCUGCCUGGUCUGUACGGGCUUAGCGUUUCAAACAGGCUCGCGGGCAGCUCUCCCAAUGUUCCGGACCCGGGGUCAAAUGAAUGCUCUCCUCGUCCUCGUCCUCGUCCUCGUUGCCGCCUGAGUGGGGCUCGCCGCUCGGGCUUGACGGCAGCCCGGCAAGCACGCAGGCAGGAGUGGCGAAGAAGUGGCGCCGCGCGAAUCUGCAUCCUGCUUUCGUCCGAGGGGGCUCUGGUCGUGGUCCGAGGAUCGUUGUGUGCUUAAGUGUUCCGGGCAUUUCUCCAAUAGUGGCCGAUUCGCCGGAGUGGAUGCGACUGUCGGAGCUUGGAUUCUGAGUUGAGGGCAUGAUUGGACUCCGCUCGCCCUCGGACAGCAUGAACCGGUACUGAUCCGAUGCUGGAGCUCACUCAUCGUCCCCUGCGUUAGGAAGCAAGGCAUCCGCACAUUUCUGAGACGGGGUCGGUGGGUGGUGGUGGUUGGUUUUUUGUGUGUGCCUGAUUGUGACGGGUUUUGGUUUGGAUCUCUCGUGCGGUGGAUUUGCGCCAUUCGACGAGGAGGCUGCUGUACCGAGUGUAUACGCCUGUGUCCUGUGCAUAUGGGAGUGGUGAUUGGAUGAAUUUCUCGUGGCACUGACAUGCGACGAGCCCAGAGCUAAGAGUGUGGGUGGAUGAUUGUCAAUUGUGAAGCUCAUCAAGUUUAAUGUUCUCAUCGGGAAAGUGUUGACUCGUAAUUAGACGGAUCGCGAGAAAUUCCCUCGGAGGCUGCGAUUUUGGCAAAUUUUCAUGUUGUGAGUCGGUUGUCCGCAUGGUAGGUAGUUGAGACAGAGGACGCAGAGCAAACAUGGCUUUCGAUAACAGCAGGAAGCUGCGCAGUCGAGGGAACCAGGUGUUUAAAGAAGCUUGCUCGGAAUGUCUGGCCCCGGUUCUGAGGAAAGGUCGAUUCCUCAACGCAGGUGCCUUUUACACGCAGGCUCUUGAUGCUAGCAGAAGCGAUGAUGAAAGAGCCAAGUGCAGCAAGAAUCUGGGAGCUGUGAACUGGAACCACGCAAAGAUGGUGCUGGAGCUGUACGAGGACUGCCGAGCGACCGCCCUGAACGACAGGACGCCGGCAUUUUACGUGGAGAAGAGCGUGGAGUACUAUCUUGCGGCCCUGCGGCACGGGCGAGCUUCGCAUCAGCGUCGAGAGUGGAUGGACGACAUCGAGAAUACUCUCGAAGGCGUCGUGAAAUGCCUUGUGGAGGAGCACGCUGCAGUCGCCGACCGCGCUUUCUUAGAGAAGCUCUGCUGGGUCUUUCAGAGCGGACUGCAACCUGGUGCCAGGUCGCAAGCAUUCGAGAAGCUACAACUGGGUUACAUUCAGGUCGUAUUCGAUGACGCUGUGAAGGAGCUCAAGCGUCGAGAUCAGGCCAGCUCCGGCGCCAACUACUCCAAGUGCCUUGCGCUCUUGCACAGCUGCAGUACUCCAAUUGAGGAGGCCCAGAAACGCGCCAAGCAUGAUUCCGAAGCCGUGUCGAAGAUUGAGACCCUGAAGAGCUCGAUCAACUCCUGUCGCGCAACCUGCGAGUCCAUUCAGGCUAGAGAAGCGGGAAAGCGCUUCCGACAGGAGUCCAUGAAGGCUAGGGACGAAGCGUCUCGACAAGAAUUCGCCAUCUUCGCUCUCGAUAAAUUCAAAGAGGCAGUGGUUCAUGCCAGAGGGUUCGAUGCGGAAUGCGAGGCCGAAGCUCUGGCGUGUAUCGGUGAUCUGUACACGGAGGUUCUGAGAAAGGAGCAGCAGGCGCAGCCUUACUAUACUCUGGUGGUGAAGCUAGCUCAAAAUUCCGAUACCAUGCAAUCGGCCAACUGGUACCAGAGGGCCAAGACAUCCGUGAAUUUAUGGUUCAAGCGAAGGCAUGAAGGCCCUAAAACCUCCUACAGUGUUCUUCCGGAGAUCAAGGGAGACGUCGAGAAGCUAGAGAACGAGUUCAAGCGACUGAAUACUGACGAAUUCUUGAGAUUUCUGUACAAAGCUCAUCCACCUCGAGGAAACACUGGGAGUUUUAGCUUAAGUGAGCUUGAUGGUGGAACCAAAAGCCGGAUUGCUGUAAGGAAGGCAUUGCGGCAUUACCAUCCCGAUCACAAUACAGUCGGGGAUGAUAAAUGGACUGCAUUGUGCGGAGAGAUCACGAAGUUGCUAUUGCAGAAGCACCGGGGCGUUGUGCAGGAGUGAUGGAUUGUUGAGCCGUCAUUUUACAUUUGUAACAUAUUUCACUUAUGUCUUACCUCGUAUCUGAGAAAAGGGAGGUGAAUGAAGCCACGAACGCACGCAGUGAUCCGGUUAUGUCUCGUGACCGUGAAAUCUUUCCAGCAAUUCUGAAGGUACUUGGAUAUUAGUACUUGUAUUUGACAGUUCGACGCGCCGUCGAUGGAUGAUCUGUAAAGAUCACAAGCAACGACUAUUUCAGAUUGUGAUAUGAAUUGAGAGCGUACCCUUAUUUGGGUGGUAGGUUUUGAUCAAAAAUUAAAUAUCUAGUUCAUUGCAGAAGGCUUAGCUUGCUAGACAUCAGCUCUGUAUAGCGUAAAGUGGAAUUUAGUUGAAUCGAUCCCAGGACAUUGAGAGGCACUACGAUUUCGCUCGACUCUGACCUCCCACGUAGCACUCAAGUUUCUUGACAGAAGUAGAGAUUACCGCUGAUUCUCCUUCUGGAUCCGAAUUCAUAUUGUGAGCAAUUAGUGCCACCCUAGUGCAGUAAGUAAGAAUGUGCGGAAUGUACAUAACGGCGGUGUUAGGUGACUUCCUCAUGGGGUCGUCUUCUUGUCUCCUCUGCUCCCUUUGAAAGAGGAACUUUGUGUUGAAGAAAGAAAUGUGUGAAGUCAAUCAAUCAUUCAUUCUUUCUGCCAGAACAUCUGCCGCAAGUAGUGUAAAGUAUGUAUUUUUGUGCGUUCCAAUCGCUGGCCCGAGGAACACAAGUAUAAUUCAAGGGUCAAAAGAUGUCGAGGACCUCAUUUUCAGCAG